UUUUCCCUCCAGAGUGCAAGUAUCUUCUUAGGAGUCAGUUUUGGCAUGCACUGCUGCCUUGCCAAGGUGCAUGGUAACAACACACAAAGCAGCUGCACCAGUAUAGCAAGUCCAUCAGAUUGGACUUGGCAGACUGUUCCAAGCAGAUUCUGUUCCCCAAGGCAGCGAUCACAGCUGAUGGGAUAGCUGACCACUGGAUCAAUGAACAGGAAUUCCUUGAGAUGACAUAGGGAGGGGCAUCGAGCACAAUGGUGCAGAAAAAGAAAAUCUGCUCUCGGCUGCUUGACUAUCUUGUGAUCAUUGGAGCCAGGCACCCGAGCAGCGACAGCGUCGCUCAGACUCCUGAGCUGCUGCGGCGUUACCCUCUGGAGGACCACGCAGACUUUCCCCUCCCGCCCGACGUCGUGUUCUUCUGCCAGCCCGAGGGAUGCCUGAGCGUGCGGCAGAGGCGCAUGAGCUUCCGCGACGACACGUCCUUCGUGUUCACCCUCACGGACAAGGACACGGGCGUCACCCGCUAUGGCAUCUGCGUCAACUUCUACCGCUCCUUCCAGAAGCGAGUCCCCAAGGAGAAGGGAGAGGGCGCGGGGGGACAUCGAGCUCGCGAGGGACAGAAGGUCCCUAAAGCUGGGGAUGCAGCAGCGCCCCAGGAGGAAGCGGGCACCGAGAGUUCAGAGAGCGGCUCUUCGCUGCAGGCCCCCAGCGCGGAGUCUACCCCUGAUGUGAACCGAUCCCCGCGCAGCAAGCGCCUGGCCAAAGGCAGCCAUCGCUCUCGGAACAGCACUCUGACUUCUCUGUGCAUCCUUAGCCAUUAUCCCUUCUUUUCCACCUUCCGGGAGUGUCUGUACACCCUCAAGAGACUCGUGGACUGCUGUAGUGAGAGACUGUUGGGCAAGAAGUUGGGGAUUCCGCGUGGGGUGCAGAGGGACACGAUGUGGCGGAUUUUCACGGGCUCCCUGCUGGUGGAGGAGAAGUCCAGCGCCUUGCUUCACGACCUGCGGGAGAUUGAGGCUUGGAUAUACCGCCUGCUGCGCUCCCCCAUGCCCGUUGCUGGCCAGAAGCGGGUGGACGUGGAAGUCUUGCCACACGAGCUGCAGCCAGCUUUGACCUUUGCUCUUCCUGAUCCAUCCCGCUUCACUUUGGUGGAUUUUCCAUUGCAUCUGCCUUUGGAGUUAUUGGGAGUGGAUGCCUGCCUGCAGGUGCUGACAUGCAUCCUUCUGGAGCACAAGGUUGUACUGCAGUCCCGAGAUUAUAAUGCACUUUCAAUGUCUGUGAUGGCCUUUGUGGCCAUGAUCUACCCACUGGAGUACAUGUUCCCAGUGAUCCCUCUGCUUCCCACCUGCAUGGCCUCUGCAGAACAGUUGCUUCUAGCCCCUACACCUUAUAUCAUCGGUGUUCCAGCAAGUUUCUUCCUUUACAAACUGGAUUUUAAAAUGCCUGAUGAUGUAUGGCUUAUUGACCUGGAUACCAAUAGGGUGAUUGUUCCCACAAAUGCAGAAUCUUUGCCAGCACUGCCAGAACCUGAAGCUUCAGAGCUGAAAAAGCAUCUGAAACAGUGUCUGGUUAGCAUGACUGCAAUCACUCAGAAACAGCUGCUCACUCCUGACAACAAGGCCCUGGCCAGCAUGAGCCUGAAUACUCAGCCAAUUCUUAAUCUAGAGAAGUUUCAUGAGGGGCAGGAGGUGCCUCUGCUGCUGGGAAGACCACAGAAUGAUUUGCAGUCUACUCCCUCCACAGAAUUCAACCCUUUGAUCUAUGGAAAUGAUGUGGACUCUGUUGAUGUGGCUACCAGGGUUGCUAUGGUGAGAUUCUUCAACUCACCAAAUGUUUUGCAAGGUUUCCAAAUGCAUACUCGCACUCUUCGCCUCUUCCCACGACCAGUGGUAGCCUUCCAGGCAAAUUCUUUUCUUGCCUCUAGGCCCAAGCAAACACCUUUUGCAGAUAAGCUUUCCAGAACACAGGCAGUAGAAUAUUUUGGAGAAUGGUCACUCAACCCUACUAAUUAUGCUUUCCAAAGAAUUCAUAACAACAUGUUUGACCCAGCCCUAAUUGGUGACAAACCCAAGUGGUAUGCUCACCAGCUGCAGCCCAUCCACUAUCGAGUCUAUGACAGCAAUUCACAGCUGGCUGAAGCCCUGAAUGUCCCAGCAGAGAAGGAAACAGAUUCUGAUGCCACUGAUGACAGCAGUGGCAGUGACAGCGUUGAUUACGACGAUUCAAGUUCCUCCUACUCCUCCCUUGGUGACUUUGUCAGUGAGAUGAUGAAAUGUGACAUUAAUGGUGAUACCCCAAAUGUUGACCCCCUGACUCAUGCAGCCCUUGGUGAUGCUAGUGAAGUGGAAUUUGAUGAUUUUCAAGAAUAUUCAGGGGAUCCUGAUGAACAGACCAUGGACAGUGAGAACUCUCAAGAGAAUAACCAGCCUCGUUCAAGUUCCAGUACUACAGCCAGUAGCAGCCCCAGCACUGUCAUCCAUGGAGUGAAUCAUUUGUAUGUAACGCAAAUUAGCGAACAGAUCAAUGAUUUGACUGGUCCACAGGAGGCAGCAGACUCAGCAGAAAUAGAAGAGAAGUUGGCUGCUGGAUUUUCAAACCAUCUCUCUUCCUUGCCACUGCAACCAAGCUUUCCCAAGAUCAGCUUGGAUCGCCGUGAGAGUGACAUCGCAGCUGGCAGCGUGAGCUCCUCAGAAGGGGUGGUGAGGAAGCGAGAGUAUGACAAUCCAUACUUUGAACCACAGUAUGGUUUUCCUACGGAGGAUGAAGAUGAUGAGCAGGAAGAGAGCUAUACCCCAAGAUUUAACCAAAACCUCAAUGGAAGCAGGUCUCAGAAGUUACUUCGGCCAAACAGUUUAAAACUGGCCAGUGAUUCCGAUGCAGAUUCAGAUUCCAGGGCCAGCUCCCCAAACUCUACUGUCUCCAACACCAGCAGUGAAGGUUUUGGGGGCAUCAUGUCUUUUGCAAGCAGCCUGUACAGAAACCACAGCACAAGUUUCAGUCUGUCCAACUUAGCCCUACCAACCAAAGUUGGGAGAGAUAAGAAUACUCCCUUUCCCAGCCUGAAAGAUUACUUUAAUCUGGAAUUGGGAAGGGAUGUGGAUGAAGUAUUUGGGUUAAAUACUAUAAUGGAGAUUAUUACUGAAGCUGGCCCAGUAAGCAAUGAAGGAAACAGACGGGCCCUUGUUGAUCAGAAGUCUUCAGUCAUAAAGCACAGCCCAACAGUGAAAAGAGAAUCUCCAUUGCCUCAGGGACGAUCUAGCAAUUCCAGUGAGAACCAGCAGUUCCUGAAGGAGGUGGUACACAAUGUUCUUGAUGGGCAAGGCGUUGGUUGGCUGAACAUGAAGAGAGUCCGACGUCUGCUGGAGAGCGAGCAGCUGCGUGUCUUUGUGCUGAGCAAGCUGAACCGCACGAUCCAGUCCGAGGAGGACGCUCGACAGGAUGUCAUACAGGACGUGGAGAUCAGCCGCAAGGUUUAUAAAGGCAUGCUGGACCUGCUGAAGUGCACUGUGUUGAGCCUGGAGCAGUCAUAUGCUAAUGCUGGCCUGGGAGGCAUGGCCAGUGUUUUUGGCCUGCUAGAGAUAGCACAUACUCAUUACUAUAAUAAAGAACCAGAAAAGAGAAAACGAAGUCCUACAGAUGGAUCUGUCACUCCAGUUGGCAAGGAUCCUGCAUCAUCCCCAAGAGUGGAGCCAAAACCUGCCAUGCAGCUGCCGGUACCUCAGCUAAUGCCAAAGCCACCGAGCCCUGCAGGCAAAGGGCCAAGGGAGUUUGACACAAGGAGUCUAAAGGAAGAAAAUUUUAUUGCUUCCAUUGAAUUGUGGAACAAGCACCAGGAAGUGAAAAAGCAAAAAUCUUUGGAAAAAACGAGACCAGAAGGUGUGAAACAGUUUGAUUUGGGAGAAACGGAUGAGAAGAAAUCCCAAAUCAGUGCAGACAGUGGCCUCAGUUUGGCCUCAGGUUCUCAGAAGAGUGAUUUUGACUCCAUUCCCAGUGGAGGACCAACAGUUAUGGUCCGAAGUACAAGCCAGGAUUCUGAAGUCAGCACUGUGGUUAGUAACAGUUCUGGAGAGACAUUGGGAGCAGACAGUGACUUGAGUAGCAAUGCUGGUGAUGGCCCAAGUGUGGAAAAUGGUGGCAAUUUAGCAGGAUCCAGAGGCACUGUGUCAGACAGUGAAAUUGAGACAAACUCUGCUACUAGCUCUAUCUUUGCCAAGUCUCACAAUCUGAAGCAGAGUGUGAAGGAUAGCAAAGGGAGCACUCCAGGGAGAGGUCCAGAGGAUGGGAACCAGCGUGUCUAUCUAUAUGAAGGACUUUUGGGUAGGGAUAAAGGAUCUGUCUGGGACCAGUUAGAGGAUGCUGCAAUGGAAACCUUCUCUCUGAGCAAAGAGCGUUCAACUUUGUGGGACCAGAUGCAGUUCUGGGAAGAUGCUUUCUUGGAUGCUGUGAUGUUAGAGAGAGAAGGAAUGGGGAUGGACCAGGGACCUCAGGAGAUGAUUGACAGGUAUCUUUCCCUGGGAGAACACGAUCGAAAGCGUUUGGAGGAUGAUGAGGAUCGCUUGUUGGCUACACUGCUGCAUAAUAUGAUUGCUUAUAUGCUUAUGAUUAAGGUGAACAAGAAUGAUAUUAGGAAAAAGGUGCGACGUCUAAUGGGAAAAUCACAUAUUGGAUUGGUGCACAGCCAGCAAAUAAAUGAUAUUCUAGACAAACUUGCCAAUCUGAAUGGACGGGAACUCCCUGUGAGACCCAGCGGCAGCCGCCACAUCAAGAAGCAGACUUUUGUAGUACAUGCUGGGACAGACACAACAGGAGACAUAUUUUUCAUGGAGGUAUGUGAUGAUUGUAUUGUGCUGAGGAGCAACAUUGGAACUGUGUAUGAACGUUGGUGGUAUGAGAAGCUCAUCAACAUGACUUACUGUCCCAAAACAAAAGUGCUUUGCCUCUGGCGCAGGAAUGGUCAGGAGACACAAUUGAACAAGUUCUACACAAAGAAGUGUCGGGAACUGUACUACUGUGUAAAAGACAGCAUGGAACGAGCAGCAGCAAGGCAGCAAAGCAUUAAACCAGGCCCUGAGUUGGGUGGUGAGUUCCCUGUGCAGGAUAUGAAAACUGGUGAAGGAGGUCUUCUUCAGGUCACACUGGAAGGAAUUAACCUGAAAUUUAUGCACAGUCAGGUUUUCAUAGAGCUGAAUCACAUUAAAAAGUGCAAUACUGUGCGAGGAGUCUUUGUCCUGGAGGAAUUUGUUCCUGAAACUAAAGAAGUGGUGAGCCACAAGUACAAGACGCCAAUGGCUCAUGAGAUCUGCUACUCCGUGCUGUGUCUCUUCUCUUAUGUGGCUGCAAUUCGUGGAAAAGAGGCAGAAAACAAAAGCAAACCACCUCGACCAGUUUCCAGUUGAUCAGGAUACUUGGAAAUAUCUACCCUUUGGCACACUGAUAUGCAGUACUCCCAGUUUUACUGCAGUUACUGGAGCUCACUUUCUGUCUUUUCUGAGAACUUGGAUUAUCUAUGUAUGACCCUGCAAGUCUUUCCCCAUAGAAAAACCUAAGCCUUCCAUGUUCAGUCUCCUUCUGAAUUCAUCCUUAAUGGAGUUUUUAAAUGAGCUUUUAAUCAGACAGUUUUGAGCAUCUGCAUCCAGCUGUGAGUGACUUACUCUGGACAUUCCUUUGAAAUACCUUUUUUGUUAAGAUGAGUAACAGCUUGAGUUUGGUUGUUUUUUGUUCUAGUGGUACUUGUUACAAUUUGAUCACUUUUCAACUAACUGCAGGCUUCUGCUUUCAGAUUCUCUGGUAUGUGCACAGUGGAAGCAGCCUGGUCCUGUAUGUUGUUUCAAUGUUGUGUUUUUGUUGUUUUCCUUCUGUGUUGUUCAUUUUAAAUUACCAACACGGCGUUCCUGUCACAUAGUUCUACAAUCCCUUUUGGUAGAGGUGAACAAUUUAGCUGUCAUAGUGUUAAAAUAUCAUGUGACAGUUGAAGUUUGAUUAUUUAAUUGGUCCAUCUGUGGAGAUGGCUCUUCUCAAGUGGAGAGAGAAACGUUGAAUGUAGUGUAGUGUAAAAAACCUCAACACUUCAUGGGUUCUGUGGAUUUUCAAAUGGGAUUUUAGGUAACAUUUGUAGCUACCCCAACAGUAGAGUUCACAGAUGCAAAUAAGCACUCCUUAAAGCAGUGAAUCACAGGGAUUAGAAAAUUAAUAAGGCAGUGUAAAACUUGAAAACAUUAUUGGCAGAAGUACAGUACAGAAAUCUGCAGAACAUGUUCAGCAGCCCAGAGGAUUUUGCUGUCUCCAAAUCUUUUAAACUAUUGCUUUUUAUUUUGUUUUCAAUCUGUACCUGUAUAUGAAGGGAUCUUGAAAAUAUUGUGUUUAUGUAUAAUGAAACUCACAUAGUUAAAACUAUCCAUCACAUUCCUUAUUUUAAAUAGGCUGGAUAUGAAUUUUUUUUUGCAUCCUGUUUUUGUUCUUGAACUGUACUGCACUUGUCUGGAAAGCUCUUAGGAUGCUGGAAGGUGAGACUGUCUAGAGAAAAUAAUGUUACAUGUAAAAUACCAGGAGAAAUUGCUCUGACACAAACUGAUGUAUUGUAUGUUUUGACAUAGAAUCCUGACUAAAUGCACCCAGAAAUAACCCUGUUUUGGCUUGGUCAGGGUAUCUACCAUUUAAAAUGGAAUAUACUAGUAUGGGUGAGGAUGAUGUAAAUAUUACAGUAUCACAUCUAUUUAUAGAAACUGUACAGCUCUCUGAAUGUGAAAAUAAAAUGUCAUUCAACCAGCAACUAGUUUUCA